AAAAAAGAAAAAAGAAAAAAGAAGAAGAAACCAUAAAUCGAUCGGUGAUGGGUCCCAACUUGAAAGCUUGUUCUGAAAGCCAAUCCCAACUCCAAAGCUUGUUCUGAAAGCCAACCCAAAAUAUUUAAACACCCACCUACCUUUUUGAGCGGGAAACUUCAAAACUUUGUCAAAUUCACAGAUUUAGAGGGAAAAUUCCUCAAACCCUACCACUAUAUAAAACAUACAUAUACGAUAACCCUUUUAUUUAUUCCUGCUCGAAGAAUUUUCUUCAAAAACUUGUCAGUGUCUGCACUCGUUACCUGUUCGACGAAAGUCCGCAGUGAACGGAAUAUCGACAAUCGGCAGCGAAAAUGUACGUGGUGAAGAGGGACGGAAGGCAGGAGACGGUGCACUUCGACAAGAUAACCGCGAGGCUAAAGAAACUCAGCUAUGGGCUGAGCAGCGAGCACUGCGACCCGGUUUUGGUGUCCCAGAAAGUCUGCGCCGGCGUAUACAAAGGCGUAACCACCAGCCAGCUCGAUGAAUUGGCCGCCGAGACCUCUGCCGCCAUGACCGCCAACCACCCUGAUUACGCUUCCUUGGCUGCAAGGAUUGCUGUUUCGAAUCUUCACAAGAAUACAAAGAAGUCAUUUUCCGAAACGAUCAAAGAUAUGUACAACCAUGUUAGUGAGAGGUCGGGACUAACUGCUCCUUUGAUUGCAGAUGAUGUCUACGAGAUAAUAAUGAAGAAUUCUACGCGACUCGACAGCGAGAUAAUAUACGACAGAGACUUCGAAUAUGAUUUCUUUGGUUUUAAAACCCUCGAAAGGUCUUACCUUUUAAAGGUCCAAGGGAAGGUUGUUGAAAGGCCACAACACAUGUUGAUGAGAGUUUCUGUCGGUAUCCACAAAGAUGAUAUCGAUGCAGUUAUUAAAACGUAUCAUCUUUUGUCUCAACGGUGGUUCACUCAUGCAUCUCCCACCCUUUUCAAUGCUGGAACACCAAGGCCACAAUUGAGCAGUUGCUUUCUUAUAUGUAUGAAAGAGGAUAGCAUUGAGGGAAUAUACGAUACGUUGAAGGAGUGCGCUGUAAUUAGCAAAUCAGCAGGAGGCAUCGGUUUGUCUAUUCAUAACAUACGUGCUACUGGAAGUUAUAUACGUGGGACAAAUGGAACAUCCAACGGCAUUGUUCCGAUGCUUCGAGUCUUCAACGACACCGCUCGGUACGUGGAUCAGGGUGGUGGCAAGAGGAAAGGUGCUUUUGCUGUGUAUCUCGAGCCGUGGCAUGCUGAUAUCUCCGACUUUCUUGAUUUGCGGAAAAAUCACGGAAAGGAGGAGCAUCGUGCCAGAGAUUUGUUUUUUGCACUAUGGGUACCUGAUCUAUUUAUGAAAAGAGUUCAGUCUAAUGCAAAAUGGUCACUGUUUUGUCCUAAUGAGUCUCCUGGUUUAGCUGAUUGUUGGGGUGCGGAAUUUGAAGCUUUAUACACUGACUACGAGAGACGGGGAAAGGCGAAGAAGGUUGUUGAUGCACAGACUUUAUGGUUCGAAAUCUUGACGUCUCAAAUCGAAACAGGGACUCCUUAUAUGUUGUAUAAGGAUACGUGUAAUAGAAAAAGCAAUCAGCAGAAUCUCGGCACCAUAAAGUCCUCAAACCUGUGUACCGAGAUAAUCGAGUACACAAGUCCAACAGAAACUGCCGUCUGCAACCUCGCAUCAAUUGCAUUACCACGUUACGUUAGAGAGAAGGGUGUGCCGAUGGAAGCACAACCGACGAAGCUAGUUGGCAGCAUAGGUUCCAAAAGUCGAUAUUUUGAUUUCGAUAAGCUGGCUGAGGUCACCGCUUUAGUUACCACAAACCUUAACAAGAUAAUCGACGUAAAUUAUUAUCCAGUCGAAACUGCAAAGAGGUCUAAUAUGCGUCACAGGCCGAUAGGAAUUGGUGUACAGGGUCUUGCAGACACGUUUAUGUUACUCGGCAUGGCAUUUGAUUCUCCAGAGGCUCAGCAGUUGAACAAGGAUAUAUUCGAGACUAUAUACUACCAUGCAUUAAAGGCAUCUUGUGAACUAGCUCAAAAAGACGGCCCUUAUGAAACAUACAGUGGAAGUCCUGUAAGCAAGGGAAUUCUGCAGCCAGAUAUGUGGGGAGUGAAGCCUUCAGAUAGAUGGGAUUGGAAAGCGCUUAGGGAAACAAUUGCAAAUAAUGGAGUGAGAAAUUCACUUCUUAUUGCACCGAUGCCCACUGCUUCUACGAGCCAGAUUCUCGGGAAUAACGAGUGCUUUGAACCGUACACUUCAAAUAUUUAUAGCCGCAGAGUUCUCAGUGGCGAGUUUGUUGUCGUGAACAAGCAUCUUCUUCACGAUUUGACCGAAACGGGUCUUUGGUCUCCUUCACUUAAGAACAGAAUAAUUUACGAGAAUGGUUCUGUUCAGAAUAUUCCGGAGAUUUCUCAAGAACUUAAACUCAUAUACAAGACUGUUUGGGAGAUCAAACAACGAAUAUUGGUCGAUAUGGCUGUUGACCGUGGAUGCUUCAUUGACCAGAGUCAAAGCCUAAACAUCCACAUGGACCAACCUAAUUUCGGAAAGCUUACUUCCCUCCACUUCCAUGCCUGGUCUAGGGGUUUGAAGACAGGAAUGUACUACCUAAGAUCACGUGCUGCAGCCGAUGCUAUCAAAUUCACAGUCGACACUACAAUGAUAAAGGAUAAACCUGCGGUGAAAGUUGAGGAUGACAAUUCUAAAUUGGAACAAAUAGUGUGCUCGUUAACAAACCGCGACGAUUGCUUGGCUUGUGGAAGUUAAGAGAGCUGUCUCGUAUUUUCGAAUGGUGUCUUAGCUUAUUUUAUAUAUUAAAAGAAGAAGAAGAUAAUUAUAGUAAUUAGUUACCUACUAUGAUUAUGGUAUGGGUGUUUGUGUUGAUCGUAAAUGGAAGUUAACUCGAUUUCCGCAAUGUUGUUGGUUAAGUUAGUUAUGUUGUGCUGUACUUUGGAACAAAUUUGAAUCUUUGUAUAUAUAUAUUAUGUUUUAAAUU